AUGUCAGAACCGAUUGUGUCUUGGCUACUUCACACUAAUUCUCUUCAAUUGGAGCGGCAGACGAGACGAAAAAAAUGCGAUGAAAUACGCCCAAUUUGUGGUGCUUGUGCGAGACUCGAUUUCCAGUGUACAUAUGGGGCCCCCACAAGUCCCACGAAGGCUUCGCGGACUCCUGCAAAAUCAUCCCUGAACAGUCGGAACGAUGCUGCGCCAGAAACCGUGGUAGAUGCGCCAGUUUCGGCCCCGACGCUUAACAGGUCCUUGAACCACAUGCCCAAGGGGCUGAGGACUGAGCGUGACUGGAACGUGUUCAAUUACUGUUCAACACAGUACAUGAGGCUGUUGACUUCGCCUGAAGCUACCUCGAAAUUCCGAGAUGUUUCUUUUGUAUUCGCACUCGGCUUCGAUGAGCCCUGGGUGAUGCAUUCUGCACUGGCUCCGGCAGCACUUCACGCCUCUUUUGCUUCUUUGCUUCCCAAGGAGGAUGCGAUGCUGUACACUCAAAGCGCUCUUCAAGGACUCCAGCAAGCACUUCAGCCAAGAUCGGGCCGCAUCCCUCCCGAAGAUGCAUUCCUUGCAGCUUCAUUAUUCCUCGGCGUUUUUGAGGGACCCAAGAUACUGGAAGAUCGUGUUGCGAAGAUCCCCCGUCUUGACAUUGGCCAGCUCUCGAUCUUACAUUCAACUCUUCUCGACUCCGUCCUGUAUCAUUUCUCUACGAGGUUGAUAUUUGAGAAGGACAUUGACGCUACCUGCAGAUCAUUCCCGUGUCAGACUAUGAUUAAGUAUAUCGAAGCAUUGGAGGUAGCCAAAAGAGACAACCGCGCUGAACCAUUGAUCCUACCUGUUCUUGGUCGGACACCGCCAGCAUUGUUCGUUCAAAUCUAUCAGAUUACGUGGCUGAGCAGGCAGAUUCCUUUCCGCGAUCGUGACCUCUAUGGACUCGCUUCUCAGAGUCUGAUCGAGCUGGAGGCCCUUGCGGAAAAGUAUCCGGCGGUGGUUUCUGACGAUAUGCCAUGUCUGAAACCCAGCGUCACAGUCAGCUUCACCAACUCCGAGAUUGCAGCAAAGCUCUAUUAUAUAGCGGCGCAAAUUUUCGUCGCCAAAGUCCUCAAUCCGGAGGGACUAAGCAGCCAAUCCCCCCAGAUCCAGGCUCAGAUUUCCAAGGGUGCGGCAUUGUUGGAGAUGUACGAUGCGACCUCGCCUUGUGGACAGUUCAUCUGCUGGCCCCUGCUCAUCCUCGGCUGCGCCGCAUGUCCGACGACCACAUCUGAAGCGCAACAAACUCGCUCAAGCAACAUUUACGCCUUCCAUCGAUCAGAACUGCGAUGCCUCAUUCAAGCGAAACUUGUGCAAAUCUGGCAUGUCUCAUACUCAGGCUAUGUGAAGCGCACCGCAGGCGCCUUGGAGAAGGUAUGGCAACUUCCAAGCGUACUUGUGAACGUCUCGGGCCGUACGUGCGCUGCGAGCGAAGAAGUCACAUUCGAUGGACUUAGCGCGCUGAUCCACAAAGAAGGUUUGGGAGCGGGCUUCUUAGUUGCAGAGAAUGGCUAG